AUUAUUUUUUUUUCAGGACUAGAAUCCUAUUUUGUAAAUCCUUGUUGCCCCAUAUCACUUUCAAGAAUAAAUAGGAGGAAUAUUUUUGGUGAGACCUUACUUCAUAGAGCUGUUGUUGAAGAAGAUACAGACCUUGUACGUAACAUAAUAAAAUCUGGUGCAAAUGUAAAUGCUCAGGAUUAUGCUGGCUGGACUGCACUGCAUGAAGCAAGUGUACAAGGCUGUUAUAGGAUAGCAAAUGAGCUUUUGAAAGCAGGAGCUGAUGUUAAUGCUAGAGGAAGCAAACAAAUAACACCGUUGCAAGAUGCAGUUAAGGAAGGCCAUUAUGAGGUGGCAGCAUUAUUGCUUUGGUAUGGAGCUGAUCCCUUAUUAAAAAAUGAGGGGGGGAGAUGUGCAUUAGAAGAAGCUUCUGACCGAUCUAUGAAGAGACUGCUUAAAAGCUAUCUACUAAAAUCGAGAGGAAAUUCAGUAUCAGGUGGAGAUGAUGCAGAGAAUACAUUAAGUGCUCAAAGUGUAGAUGAUAUAAAUCUGCACCAGAUUUCCUUACAGACAGAUGAGUCUGUACUAGCAGGUGCGAAGCUUACCGGUACAGGGAGUGCAGACAUAUUGCAACAGACUACUGUAAAUGAGGUGCAAAACAUUCAUAUUGAUAUAUUGGAUGAUGGAACCAGCUGCACUGAACAGACACCUCAAACAAAUACAGAAGCAAUCUUAGCACGUGAGCUUUCAGCAGCUACUAGUGGAGAAAGUGUUUCUAGAAGUCUUUCUAAUUCUACUGGUGGUGCACUAAGUACCAUUGAAGAAAAAGCUCCACAACCAGAGAAAGGAUGGAGAAUCCUGCUUAAUGCAGAAGAAGGUGCUGGAGGCUGUCCAACUGAAGCAACUGAAAAUGCUAAUAGUAUAGAGAUCCAUUUUACAGCUUUACAACUUCAUGAAAAUGAAGCACAUCAAAUUAAACAUAAGAGUCAGGAGCUUCAGGAGGCCAACUCAAAAUCAGGUGAAGGAGGGUUUGCUGGAAUAGAAGACAUUGAAGAAAAUGAAGAAGGAAGUAGAAAAAGCAAUGUGUUCUCACAGUUAACUGAAGCAGAAGAAAUCCAAACUAAAAAAAUGAGAUUAGACCUACAGGAGACAAGCCAAAAGACAGACUUGUGUUCUAGUAGCAGUAAAUACAAGCUUUCAUCUAAUCAAUCACAAUUCAAUCAAGCAUCAGAACAGCUAACGUCUAAGAAAUCAGGUGAAUCAAAGAAGAGAAAGAAAAAUGAAAAAGGAGAAACUAAGCUGCAUAUUGCUGCUAGGAGAGGAAAUUUGUCUUUGGUGAAAACUCUGAUAUCAUCUGGAAUUCUUGUCAAUGAACAGGACAAUGCAGGUUGGACAGCACUUCAUGAAGCUUCCAAUGGUGGUUUUACUGAAGUGAUCUUAGAAUUACUGAAAGCUGGUGCUAAUGUUAACAGCAGAAACAUGGAUGGUGUUUUGCCCAUACAUGAUGCUGUUUCUGGCAAUUAUUUGGAGGCAGCCAGGAUUCUACUACAGCAUGGAGCAAAUCCCUGUGAGAGAGACAGUUCUGGGAAAAGUGCUUUGGAUGAAGCUUGUGAUGAUGAAAUGAAAGAACUGCUUAAGUCUUAUGGUGCUAUUGACUCUGUACUUCCUGUUGCAACUGCUGAGGUUACAGAGACGAACUGUCUUAGGGUAAGAAGACCAAAAAGUUGUUCUGAGUGCUGCAAAAAUGAUGAUGCAGCUUUGAAGCGACAGAAUGAGAAAUCCUGUGUGGAGUCUGUUGUAGCCAUACAAGACACCAAAAAGAAGCAGAAAGAACUGUUGCUACUUGAACUGAGAACUUCCAAAGAUGCAGAUGCGUAUGUCCAAAGGCUGUGUCAGAUACAAAAUACUUUGAAUGAAAUGUUUGCAAAACAGAAGACAGAAAGGGAUGCCCUUGCUAAAAAAUACAGGUUAUGUAUCAUGGGACACAGCUGUCAAAACUUCUUGUUGAAGAAGUGCCUGCUUCUAAUGACCUGGAAUUACCAUCACAACAAAGAGAGCCCUUGGGGAAGAAUUUUAUCACAAGGGAGCCGAGCAACCACACCCAGCACUGCCUGAGUCAAUGCACUGACUCUGUUGCUCUGCCUGUUGGGAGCUUUGACCUGAGCAACAUGCGUCCAAGAACUCAGACAGAAACUGUGAAAGCAUUGCUAUGCACUGGAAGAGAAGCAGCUGAAAGUCUCACAGUUACCAGAGAAUCAAGGAGGUCUUCUGUCCAGUUCAACUCAGUAGAAAGUCUGACACAAGUUGUAAAUGAGACAUUACUUCUACGUACAGAGGAGUUUCUACCAUGGUCUGUAAUGGAAAAGCACUGGAAUUUCUACCUAGCAUGUGAAGAUUUUGGAUUCUGAAGACUUCUUGCGUGCUAACAUUAUUUUUUUUCAUCAACAUUUAGAAGUAAACAUUUGAACUCCUAGAACCAAGUGCUUUGUUACCAUCAUUCUGAUAAAUCAUUUGCCCAGCACUUGGAAUGGACUGAAAGGUUGUUUGAGUAAAUGAGAAACUGAAGAGUACUUCGUAGCAGGUGAAAGUAACUGUCAAUAUUGAAUUUUGUGCUUUAACAUCAUUAAAUGGGAAAGUAGACAAGGGCCUGUUAUAUGCUGGUGCACAAUGAAAUAUAGUCUGUGUUGGUAAGUUUGUGUGAUACUCCACUGAUUUCUCUGCCUUCCUACCUGCCUGUGCUUGACAGUACCAGGCAGGUACCAACACCAGUGCUCACUUUUGGUGAGCAUUGCUUUUGGUGAGCAAUGCUUCCAAAGCACAUGCUAUCAGAAGUGGCUGCAAAUGCUUGUGCAAUAACGUGAGCUGUUAGGCAGAAGUCAAGAAGGGCAACUUUGAAAAUAACCAGCAACUUUGCUUUACUGGGCAUGGUUAUAUACAAACAUUUGAGAAUGGGAUGUGUGUUGUGAGAGGUUAGAAAAGGGCUCUUAACAUUUCAGAGUGCUCAGGAAAAUUCCAUUGGUGUUGCAACCGAAUCUAUCUGAUAGUCAAAAAAUGCACCAGCGUCUGGCAGGAAAUACACCAAGUCCAUUCCUGGUAAAUGGAUUUUUCCAGGAUGUUUAACAACAUCCUAGGUUCCCACCCUGAUCUGUGGAGGCUUUCUAUUUGUUCUUAUUUUACAAUGUGUGAAUCUGCCUCAGUAGCGUAUUCAUAACACAUUUGACUGUCAUGAGAGUUAUCUGCAUUCAAGUGGUGUUCUUGCUCUUUCAUUCCCCAGAUUGUAAAGAGAGAUGAAAUAAUAACACCUACUACUCCUAACUCCAGUGAAUGGGGUGAGAAAUACCUCCUGUCAAUACCUAACAUCCUCAGCUCUCUAUCUGGAGUCAGAGGAGCUGUUCUGAGCUGUUCUGCAGGGAUUUGAUUAGUGUCUUAAGUGGGAGAAGGUUUAGGGAAGAGAGAGAGGGGUCUGACGGGCAGAGUUAGUACUCUGCCCUGGGAUGCAUGAGCAAUCAUUGCCUGAUGGGCUGUAAAGAUUUAAAAAAAAAAAAAAAAAAAAAGCAAAAAAAAAAAAAGCUAGCUGCCUCGAAGCCAAAAAAAAAAAAAAAAAAGUUAAAGGCUACUGACUGACAGGUAUUUAGUAAAGGUCAGUUUCCAUGCAAAAAGAAAAUGGAACAUUCUCACAGCUGUUGCAGCAAAACAAACCUGAAGGCAUAUUGGUUUAAAGGAACUGUUCAUUCGGGUGGAGGGAAGUAGUUUUUCAUUAGAAGUUGAAGAUUUUUGACUGUUAAAAUUACUGCCGAGUUACUUAUGUGUUUGCUUGACUUCUUUGUUACCAGAUGUUUAAUAAAAUUGCGGUAUAAAAACUGG